CCCCCAUCCCACCUCCUGCCCCGAGCCUGUCUCCUCCCCGCUCCAGAAAGGUGAGGUGGGAGAGUGAGGGUUGGCAGUGAGAAGGGGCUCAGAGCACAGGGUGGGGGUGCAGGAAUCCGGGCAGGGGGUUGAGAGGAGGGGGAGCUCAGAGAGCGGGGUGGAGGUUAUGGCAGUGGAUGGGGGGGAGCAGCCGACUUCUACCCAAGGCGACCUGAGACAGCAGGAACCGCACCUCCCGCCCACCAGCUUGUCCCUGAGGCAUGGGGCUGUGAUCCAGCUUGUCCCCAGAUAUGGUGGGACUGUUCCCCUUCCCUCCCAGUCCUGUGGGGCUUACCUCCUCCUCCCCCCACUCUGGUGCUGUGGCCAAAGGUGGGGGAAGUGUUUGGGGCUGAGGGAGGCCACUUACUUGGUCUGGUGGCCAGCAAGAUGGUGAGCCCUGGCAUCAGCUGGCCACUCUCUUGGUACUUCAGCACCCCCCUGUGGUCACUCUGCAGUGCAGCUGUCCCUGCAAUCAGCCCCCUCCUUCCCUUUCCAUAUUAUGGAGAACAAUCCCAUUCCAGGCAGAUCCUCUUUUCCUGGCACAACCCAGCCCUGGCCUUGCUUUAAGUGAGGAGAAGAAGAAGCUGCCCACCGAAUUUGGUGGUCCAAGCUCUUACUGUUUAGGAGGAGUUCUUGACCAAUCGGACUCACCGAUGGACGGACAGAAAGACGGACCAUUGCACGUUUCUAACAUAUACAGAGGGGUGGGUGUCGUUUUGUGAUACAAAGUCUGGGACGGGACUGUGCUGGGAGGUGAUGAUUCCAUCCUCAAAGAUGCUCAGAACCCACAGGAUGUGAUGCUCUUUUAGCUUUGGUAUUGGAGGGUGCUGUGGACCUCGUGGGAAAACUGGUGGUGGAGGUUUAGGUCAAAGCUGCAGGAAUUCACUGAACCCAGCACCUUGAGUGAGGGAGGGGAAAGGAAAUCAAUUGGGAAGGGCUCCAGACGAAGCGAGGGAGAGCAAAGAUCUCAGAGAGGUGAUUGAGAGAGGGCAGAAAGUCUCCACAGAGAGAAACCGUGUCGGAAUGAAGCGAGAGCUGCCAACAGCGAAGCAGAGCGGGAUUUUGCAGAGGUAACGAAAACCAAUGUGAAAGGCUGUUUCAGCCCCGUCAAUAAUAAGGAAACAAGGGAAGAAACAGGGGGAAUGCUAAGCCCCGGGCAGUGGCUGGAGAGUGAAGAUGAUCUAGGCUUUGCUCAACAGCUGUCCAUCGGCGAAACCCUGGAGAGCAACAUGAACAGGAGACACUAAAAGGGAACAUCACUGGAAGUGCAGAAUGUUUGACCAGUUGGGUAGGAAGAGAAGAGAAGAACGAGAUCAUUUGGGCAGCUUUGCAGAGGUUCAGUGAAUGAUUAAUUGUCAUGCUCCAUCACCCAGUGCCAAAGGGCAAAGAGAGAUAAGACAGGAAUAAAACUCAAAGGGCUGUCACAGCUCCAGUCACUUUUGUUAGCCCAGAGUUUAUCUUGCUAAUGCAGAGAAAUGGAGAGCUCCUAUUGGCUAAUUGCCUGGCCCCGUUCUUGGUGAGCACAGUAUAAAAAACUGGGAAUAUGUUUUUCCUUCGCUUAAUCUGCCCGGAAUCCAGAGCUGUUGCUACUCGCGACAAUGGAACCGCUGGGAGCAACCACGGUGUUCCUGGUCAUUUGUGUCUCUUGCCUUCUCUUCCUCUCCGCAAGGAGAAAGACGCCUGGAAGUGGGAAGCUGCCCCCAGGGCCUGUUGCUUUUCCCCUCAUUGGGAACAUGCUGCAGCUGAAUGCAAAGAACAUGCCCCAGGAAUUAGAACAGCUCAGUAGAACGUACGGCCCGAUUUUCACCAUCUACUUGGGCUCCGAGCGGGUUGUGGUGCUGCAUGGAUACGAGGCUGUGAAGGAGGCUCUGGUCGACCUGGCGGAGGCGUUCGGUGCCCGAGGAAGCAUUCCACUAUUCGACAAAACUGGCAAGGGAACAGGUAUCGCUUUGACCAACGGGGAGCAGUGGAAGGAGCUCCGGCGAUUUGCCCUCACAACCCUGAGAAACUAUGGGAUGGGGAAGAAAAGCGUUGAGGAGCGGAUCCAGGAGGAAACCCGUUUUCUGGUGGAAAGACUCAGAAACACACAAGGGCGUCCCUAUGACACCAGCCUCCUCCUCAUCCAUGUCGUCGCCAACGUCAUCUGCGCCAUCGUCUUCGGGGACCGGUUUGACUACGAAGAUGAGAACUUUGUUACUUUGAUUAGUCUCAUAUUGGAAAACGGCAAACUCCCUCAAUCUCUCUGGGCAGUGCUAUAUACUUUUUUCCCAACUCUCAUGGAUUACGUUCCUGGGCCUCACCAGAAGAUCUUUCAAAAUGUCUUGAAGCUCAGAAGAUUUGUUCAGGAGAGAGUGAAGAUGCACAGAGAGUCUCUGGAUCCCAACUGCCCUCGAGACUUUAUCGAUGCUUUCCUCAUCAAAAUGGACGAGGAGCGAAUGAAUAGCCAGUCACACUUCAAGAUGGGAACUUUGUGUCAGUGCGCGGUAGAGUUAUUUAUGGCUGGAACAGGGACAACCAGCACUACUCUAAACUAUGGACUCCUGAUUCUUCUGAAAUACCCUGAAAUACAAGAGAAAGUUCAGGAAGAGAUUGACCGGGUGAUUGGGCAAAGCCGAAGCCCCAGCAUGGCGGAUCGAAGCCGGAUGCCCUACACAGAUGCCGUAAUACAUGAAAUCCAUAGAUUCAUUACCCUGAUCCCUUUAGGUUCCUCCCGAGCUGUGACUAGAGAUGUUCAUCUCAGGCAGUUUCUCAUUCCCAAGGGCACCACAAUAUACCCUGUACUGAGAUCAGUUCUACAUGACAGCAGGGAAUUUCCAAACCCAGAGCAAUUCAACCCGGGACACUUCCUGGACGCCAAUGGUGCCUUUAAGAAGAGUGACUUCUUCAUGCCCUUCUCUGCAGGGAAGCGGGUUUGCCUGGGAGAGGGGCUGGCUCCGAUGGGGCUCUUUUUGGUGCUGACCGCCAUCUUGCAGCACUUCACGCUGAAGCCCGUCGUGGACCCUAACGACCUCGAUAUUACUCCAGUGUCCAGUUUUGUGUCCAAUGAACACAAACCGUUCCAGCUCUGUGCCCUGCCCCGAGAGCGCCAGUGAAAGGUCACCUCAGCUCCAUCUGCCCCUCGCUCUCAGGGGUGCUCAACCCCUUGCUGUGUCCCUAUUCCGUCCUCAUACCAGCCCUAACUCCACCUCUUCCCCUAAGAGCUCGGCCCCACCCCCUCUGUUCCCGGCCCACCUCUGCCCCACCCCACCUCCUUUCCCUCCCUUUAACCAGGUGCACCCCCCACCUUGCUCUUCCCAUCCCUCCCCCAUCCCACAUCCUGCCCCGAGCCUGUCUCCUCCCUGCCCCUCACUCGGCCUCCCAGAACUGCCUGAAUGCCGCACACCAGCACUGGCAGGGCCGGGGAGGGAGAACUGGGCCAGGCC